CCGCUACGAAAGGCGCUCGCUACGAGGCGUCUACGGCGCUCGCUACGAAACGAGCUACGAGUCUCUUACAUCGAACUUUGAAAAAGUAAUUUAUAGCAGUGAAUUUUAGAAAAUAAAUCCAUAGUUUCUAUCUUAAAGUAUUAACAAAAAUGUGAUUGAUUAAGAUUAAGGAUACGAUUUAAUAUGUUAAAAACGAUUGUUGAUAAAAGAAAAACUUUUUGAGUGAGGACUCAGUGAAAAGUUUUUUUCCAAUUGAAGAAGUAUACAGAAAAUAUAAUUGCAUCUCUGAAAACUGAAAAUAAAAUAAUCGAUACAGCUGCGUUUCCACAAAAUGAGCACAAUCUUCAAAUGGCAGAUUCCGAAAAGGCUAUCUAACAAAAGAAACAUGGCAUAUGAAAAAUUACAUCGUCAAGGAAUUAUAUCAAUUCAUAUGAAGAAAUAUUGUGGGAAUUCUCUGACUGAACACUUUGAAAUAACAGAACAAUUCCAGUUUAAUGUUCUUGCAAACAAUGCUACGUAAAAUGUAGCCGAGUGAAUGGUCAAAAUGGGUCAAACACAAACGCACCUGGAUUCCAACUAUACAUCGGAGAAUUAUUCGGACUUAUAUGACAUGAUUGAUGACGUCAGCUACGAUGGUUGUGCUGUAGCUGACGAACCAAAAUAUCCAAGCAGCUUUGGAGUGACUUUAGCCGUCCCAGAAUGGGAAGCAAUUUGUACAGCGAUAAUAUUAACCCUUAUAAUUAUUUCAACUAUAGUAGGUAAUAUUCUUGUGAUUCUUAGUGUAUUCACAUACAAACCACUACGAAUCGUGCAAAAUUUCUUUAUUGUAUCACUAGCUGUUGCAGAUCUGACUGUUGCUAUUUUAGUGUUGCCGCUUAAUGUGGCGUACUCGAUCUUGGGGCAAUGGGUUUUUGGGAUAUACGUCUGCAAAAUGUGGCUAACUUGCGAUAUAAUGUGUUGUACCUCAUCUAUCCUGAAUUUGUGCGCAAUAGCUCUCGAUCGCUACUGGGCCAUUACGGACCCUAUAAAUUACGCACAAAAGAGAACACUUGAAAGGGUCUUGUUAAUGAUCGGCAUAGUUUGGGGGCUUUCAUUAAUUAUAAGCUCUCCUCCGCUGCUUGGAUGGAAUGACUGGCCUGAUGUGUUCGAACCUGACACACCUUGUCGAUUGACGUCUCAACCUGGCUUUGUAGUUUUUUCUUCGUCUGGCUCCUUUUAUAUACCAUUAGUGAUAAUGACCGUAGUAUACUUUGAAAUAUAUUUAGCGACGAAGAAACGUCUAAGAGAUCGCGCUAAAGCCACUAAAAUAAGCACUAUUUCGAGUGGUCAAAACCGAUUUAAUACAAAAGAUGACCAAAACGACCAAGAUUCUGUAAGCUCAGAGGCAAACCACAACGAACAUCAAGGUGCCACUCGAUUAGUGACUGAUAACGAAAAGAAGAAAAGGACCAGAAAACUGACACCAAAGAAGAAACCCAAAAAGAAAUAUUGGAGCAAAGAUGAUAAGUCUCAAAACAAAUUAAUCAUACCAAUUCUGUCCAAUGAAAACUCAGUAACUGAUAUUGUGGAUAACGAGAAUCGGAACACAUCUUCUGAAAGUAAUUCUAAAGACACCAACGAAGAUAAACUGAUAGAAUCAGCGGAACCGGUGUCGACAAAACCCAAAAAGCAAGUCAGACCAAAUCAACAGAACACGGUCUAUCAGUUUAUAGAAGAAAAACAACGGAUAUCUUUAACCCGUGAGCGGCGAGCUGCCAGAACUCUAGGUAUCAUAAUGGGGGUAUUUGUUGUAUGUUGGCUGCCUUUUUUCGUAAUUUACCUAGUAAUACCAUUCUGUGCGAGCUGUUGCUUAUCGAAUAAAUUCAUAAACUUUAUAACCUGGCUUGGAUAUGUGAACUCUGCACUAAAUCCUCUGAUAUACACUAUAUUUAAUAUGGAUUUCAGAAGGGCGUUCAAAAAAUUGCUCUGUAUAAAACCAUAAUUAUGUGUUGUGCCAAAGACUGUGUUAGUUUUGCGCUUCUUAUAAUGAAAGCCGCUGAUUUGCUCAAAUUAAAAUUUUCAUGACAUUACACGUAUGUAGAUUAAUAAUCAAUUAAUAGUGACGAUACUGUUCACUGGUAGGUUAAAUUAAGUUAGUUAAUGUUAUGACUGUUUAUAAUAAUGGAAUUACAGUAGUGGGUAGGUGCAUUUGCAUGUAAAUAAAUCAUUGAUCCAUUAUUAAUCUUGGAAACUCUGGAUAUUGAUUAGUAUUGGAAUAGAUUAACCUAGAAGUAUAACUGUAUACUAAAAGUGUACAUAAUUUCACGGGUUCUGUCGUGCAUAGCACGGUCACUAAGAGUUUAUAACAUGUAAAUUAGUAUAAUCUCAUUAUACCGAAUUUAAUAUUAACUAAAUAUUACUUCCAACGAAAGUAAUCUCAUGGCGAUUACGGCACUAAAUUUAAUCAUUACCUGUACAUACAUAUCUCUGUCCGUGUAAAUAAAAUUAGUAGAAUGUUUGUAUAAAUUCAAAGAACAAUACGGUCUAAAUCAAAAUUGUAACUAUACUAAUCAAUGGAUUUGUUUUGAUUUUGCAAUUAGCACUUACAAUUAGAAAUCUAAAUGGAUGAUUUUAUUAAGUUCCAUCUCAGGGCGCUUGUUAAUGAGACUAUUUCUACCCGGGUCUUGGCAUGGUUUUAAACCAUGUCUAAGUCCGGUCUUCAGUUACGUAUGGGACACUAAAGAGGUUUGUUAACGACACCGGCGCUAGCGAUGAUUUGGGGUCGGUACAAACCGUUUUCGUGAACGAGCUUAGCCGGUACCGGCCCAGAUAGAAAUCGGGUAGAAACCGCCUCGUCAACAAGUACCCUAAUGUGGUUUAAUUUACAAAUUAAUGGUAUCCCUUUAAAAUAAUUUGAGCCCUUAUUUGAAAGGGAUAUUGAGGUGACGAUGGUUUUUAUUCACUUUCCUCGAUUUAAAUAAAAUAUUUG